GAGAGUCAGGAGUCUAUCGCCACGAAGCAACAUGACAACAUCUCGACGUCUGAUUCUCCUGUUUCUCCUCUAUUUUACGGCGAUUGAAGCCACGUCUUUCCAGGAUGGCGACGAGGUCAUACUUUACGUCAACAAAGUGGGGCCCUACUUCAACCCCCAUGAGACAUAUCACUACUACCAACUACCCGUCUGUCGACCCAAGAUAAUUGAGCACAAGAGCCUGACCCUUGGCGAAGUCCUGGAUGGAGAUCGCAUGGCCAAGUCUGACAUCAGGAUCAAGUUCAAAGAGAACAUGCAAAACCGAAAGCUGUGUGACCUGGUGUUAUCGGAGGAGGAGGUGCAAUACCUUCGGGAGGCCAUCGAAGAACACUACUACUACGAAUUUGUGGUCGACGAUAUCCCAGUGCGAGACUUCAUUGGUCAUCUGGAGGAAUCGGGCUUUGUCCCCCACACCCACAAAGUAUACCUGUGGACACACCAGCACUUCAACAUUUAUUAUAAUGAUAAUAAGAUCAUCUAUGUAAAUGCAACGAAGGAGCAUGCCCCUAUUUCCCUGGACGAUGUAGAACCACCACUCAACAUACAGCCUACAUAUUCUGUAACUUGGAUUCCUACUAAAAUUGCAUAUGCCGACCGGGGGCGUCUUAUCCAGGACAACAGCUUCUUCCCACGCAGUCUAGAGAUCCACUGGCUUUCCAUCAUCAACUCUAUGGUGCUUGUGUUUCUCCUCAUAGGCUUUGUGGUUAUUAUCCUGACCCGAGUGUUGCGGAAUGACUUUGCACGCUACAACAUUGACGAGGAGGGCCGAGACGACAUAGACAGUGAUGAGUAUGGUUGGAAAAUCAUCCACACUGAUGUCUUCCGGUUCCCACAGCAUAAGAGCCUGUUUUCAUCCAUUCUAGGUGUUGGAUGUCAGUUCCUGGCAGUGGCAGUGGGGAUCAUCGGUAUGGCUCUGCUGGGCAUGUUCAACGUCCACCGACAUGGCUCUAUGAACAGUGCAGCUAUCUUCCUGUAUGCCCUUGCAUCAGUCAUUGCAGGAUACGUUUCCUCAUCCAACUUCAGAAUGAUGGGGGGCACCAAGUGGGUGUCCAACAUCAAUUUGACAACAGUGCUCUUCGCAGGCCCAUUCUUCUUGAUCUGGAGCAUUCAGAAUACAGUCGCUUGGGCCUACCACUCCACCCAAGCCCUCCCCUUCACUACCAUCAUCCUCUUGCUGCUCAUGUGGAUCUUCGUGGGCUACCCGCUCACCAUUUUUGGAGGAAUCCUGGGAAAGAACGGCCACGUAGAGUACAACUUCCCCUGCCGGACGAAGAACAUUGCACGGGAGAUACCUUCAGGUCCCUGGUACCGAUCCUCCUGGGCACACUGUGCUGUUGGUGGCUUCCUGCCUUUCAGUGCCAUUAGCGUGGAAAUGUACUACAUCUUCUCGACACUUUGGGGCCGCGAGCAGUACACCUUGUACGGGAUCCUUGGCGUGGUAUUCAUCAUCCUCCUGAGUGUGACUGCCUGUGUGUCCGUGGCCCUCACCUACUUCCAGCUGGCUGCUGAGGACUACAGGUGGUGGUGGAGAUCCAUCUUCAGUGCUGGAUCUACUGGUGGCUUCGUCCUGAUGUAUUGCGUGUUCUACUACCUAAAGCGCUCAAAUAUGUCAGGUGGCUUGCAGACCAUAGAGUUUGUGGGCUGGUCGCUUCUUACCUGCUAUGUAUUUUUCCUUACCCUUGGCACGGUCUCUUUUCUUGCCUCCCUCACCUUUGUCAAGUACAUUUACCGUAACAUCAAGAUGGAUUAAGAAGGGUGGUUUUAUUUCAUUUCAUUUUCUCUCUUUGUGUUAAAUGAUGUAGACCCUCAUUGAGGGAAAAGAUUGGUGUAUUAGGAAAAGAGAGAGAGUGUCUUAUUCAAGAGGAAUGCAAGUAGCUUGUUAAGCCAAUACCAUAGGAAUGAAUACGGUGUAUUGUGGGUCAGACUGAUGCGAAGGUGAAUUCGAUCUUUAGAUUUAAGGUGAAGUAGAGAGCAGAGGAAGUAGCAUUACAGCAGAUUGUAUUUAUUACCAGAUUUUGCUCAGUAAAGAGGCAUUGAUGCUAUUUUUAUGAGGAUGACGUAAUUGAGGUUUCCUUAAGUACAAGGAGUACGUGCUGCUCUGUAGAUGGAAACUCCCCCCUCACUUGAAGGCUUGUGAAUUAUAAAGUUUAGUUAGGCUGACUGCAUUCAUGGGCCUGGUGAGGCUAUGGGAACCAAAGGACUUCUGGAUGAUACUUAUUUAUUAUCAUUUCUUUUCAUCCAGUCCUUCCUUUGUAAUUUUUUUUUUUCUUCUUACUAUCCUUUAAGAAAAGGAAGCUCUUGUGAACAGCGGUGAGAGAGAGAGGGAGAUUGUCCUUCUCUCUCUCAGUGCCAGUCUUUCUACCUGGGAAUUUGGAUAAUGCUGAAUGCUUGCUGAAGGACCAAGUGCUAAGCCUAGUGCCUUAUAACACUUCUAGGGGUCUGAACAGUAACAAUUCUCAAACUGUUAGUUGACUGACGAUGACAAGAAAAAUGCUUGGAUGCUGCCCCCUUUCCAUCAGGGUCCUUUGUAUCAGAUUGAUACAUUAGUUUGGACUGCAAGAGGAGGUUUUAUAUCUUUUUAACUGUCUGAAUGUCUGUGUGUCUGUCUCUGUCUUGCUCUUGUCAGUCUACCUCUAUGUUAGGCUGUGUUAUCUAAAUGUGAGGGCCGUAUCUUCUAGGCGUAGACAGAAUAUGACAUAGUUUAAGUAGUUAGGGUAAUAGAAAAUGUCAAUUCAGUUUUUGCCAAAGACACAAAACACCACAUGCACAUUUCUGAAAAGGUAUUGGAUGCUUUGAAACAUUAUAGUACUAGUGUGUGUCAUAUCUCUUCAUCCUUUUUAUUUUUUCUUAAAAUGGAUUUAGAUCCUAUGGAUAAAGACUGUAUUAGACUUCACAUUGUGUGUAUAUGUAGCUAUUUUAAACUAAAGUCUGUACUAAGCAUGUAUCUGAUUGAUAGGAAGGCAGAGUGUUUGGCAUAGUAAUAUUUUUUCCAUAAAUAGUCCUGUAUACUGGCCAGUUACCAAAACUUACAUUGUUGUUUGAUACAGAAAACAUUGCAUUAACAAAGUCUACUAUGCCUGUUGUGUUGUACAAAGCAGUUAGCAGUUAAAUAGAGAAUAGAAAGUGAUUAUUAAUGAAUAGGAAUCUCUGAUUUAGUUAUUUUAUGCUAUUCAUUAAACACAUAAGAAUUCACCAGGUAAUUUACAUCACAGGAAAGUGAUAGAACAAUUUUUUUUAAAAGAGCAUUAGUAUAUGUCUCCACCAAUUUUUGUACAAAUCAAAAUAUUUUUUUGUAUUUGUCCUGGAAAGAUAUUUAGUUGAAUAAUAGGAAUUAAGAAUGAUGGUGAAAACAAAGGAAAAUUUUAAAAUACUGACAUCUGAAUUGUGUUGAGUAAAAAUCCCUUUUUUUCUAAUUGUAUUUAUUAUUGUAAUCAUCAGUGUUACUGCAGUUAUGAUCAUCAUCAUUUCCAUUUUUACUUUGUUUUCUUUGUUUUUUUUCCCCUCUAAGCAGUCUCUACUUCUAUCAGUUGAGCAGAAUUUAACCAUAGUCUGUUCUAUUUCUCUGUAAAGUCUUAUCAGGUUGUAAACAUUUAUCACUCCCCACACUCUUAACCAUAAACCUCCCCACCCAUACACCCUUAAACAAUCUCUCUCUCUCUCUCUCUCUCUCUCUCUCUCUCUCUCUCUCUCUCUCUCUCUCUCUCUCUCUCUCUCUCUCUCUCUCUCUCUCUCUCUCUUCUUCUCUUUCUCUCCCCCCCCCCACCCCGGGGGGAGUGACUAUGUGCAAUCAUGCACAUAGUCACUUUUGCUCUCACCCUUACCUCCCCACACACACACACACACUUUCUCUCUUUCUCCCUCUCUCCUUUUCUCAGUGCCCUUCUCUCCAUCUUUCCCUUUCUCAUCCUCCUCUCUCCCCUUCUCAUACCUCCCUCUGUCAUCCUCUCUCACUUUCCCUCUCCCUUUAAUCACACUCUUGUCUCUCUCUCUCCUCUCCCCUCUUCCCCUGUUCUCCCUUCCUUCUCCCCUUCUCUUCCCUCCUUUUCUCUCUCUUCUAAAAGAUUACCAUUAUGUGUUAUAUAUAGGUUGAUAUGCUUCUUCAACAGUUUAUUUCAAUGUUAGGUUGCAGUUGUUGUGUAAUGACUCAUAGUUGUUAAAAGGGAUAUAUUGCUCAUGUGUCAUUUACAUGUACAGAAUGAGAGGAACUUUUGCUUGUGUGUGUGUGUGCGCUAGCUUAUGUGAAUAUUAUAGAUAUAUCUUAUAUUUAGUAGUAUAGUAUUACUAAAAGGAAAAAGUUUGGCAUGUGUGACAUAUGUGUAUAUGGGGUACAAGAUGUAGUGAUAAUCUUAUCCAUUUGCUUUUUUUUUUUUUUUUUUUUUUUUUUUUUUUUUUUUUUUUUUUUUUUAGUUUUUUAGUUGUUUUUUUUUUUUUUAGUUAAGGAAAUUUAAUGCUUUAUUUAAGAGGCUUCUCUGGCACUUUAAAUCCUGACAUGAUUAUCAAAAUGAUUGUCUGCAAAUCAUGUUUAAAGUGAUCUUUAUUCAAUCAUUCUAAAGUGUGUGCAAAUUGAUAAUGAUAGAAAGGCCUUGUUACUAUAAUGCUUUUUUCUUUUGAUUUUAAGAUAUUUGUGUAUUUUGUUGAUUGUUGUUUUCAGAUUUUAUGAUACGUGUAUUUUAGGAGGGAAAUAGUCACAUCUUGAGCAAUGAUUUAGAAAAAAAAAGAACAGAUUUACAUGAACUCUUGAAAUUAGUUAAGAAAUAUCCCAGUUAUUAUACUGUAGAAAGAUAUUUUAUGAUUUGUAAACAGUAUGUGACUGAAAUUUCUGCCGAAAGUUAUCACAGCGAGUGAAAAUAUAAAUUCAGUUUUGUUUCUAUACCCUGAAAGAAACUAAGAAUUAACAGUAGUGGAAGGUAUAGCUAAUUCGCUCCCUCUUUUUCAAAUAAAAGAUUAGGAAAGAGAAUGCCAUUUUAAAUUUUAUAUAAUUUCUCAUUAGGUUGUGGGCAUUAUCCUGUGUAAUUUGAUAUAAUUCUUUAAGUUCACUUUGUUGUUUGCAGUGUUUGGAUGUUCUCAUUGAGGUACAUCAGUCAAAGUUUCUUUCUGUCUCUUUCCUUAUUACUGUUAUUUAUUCACGUUAAAUAGAAUUCAUCAUCGUCAUCAAGGGGCUAACACUGACAAGGGCGCAUGGCUGUAUCCACCCUUUGCUUCCAGCCACGAGGGUCCCUCAUGGCGAGUCUCCAGGUCGUGACAGGUCUCAUUGAGCUGCCCAAGCCAUGACCUAGGUUGUCCCACGGGCCUCCUCCACCCAGGAGCUUGGUUCUUCUGCAUAGUUACCGACAUCUCCAAAUGCUCUUGUUGAUGGAGUUUAUGGCUCCCGCUCUCAGUCCAUCUGCUGACUUCUUGGUCUGACAGCCUAGAGAUAUGGCCUACCUUACCAAGGUAUGCAAAGCUCUCUGUGACUUCAACAUCCUCACCACAAGCAUGGAUCGACUGAAUGGGUUUCCCUAACAGGACCCCAAAGUCCUGAAUCUUGGUGUUGGUCUAAGAGACCUCUAGGCCCAGUGCCCUGACUUUGGAUAGCACUGCCCAUUACCCAGUCUGUCAAGUGUUGAGGAGUGAUGGUGCAAGGACACAGCUUUGCCUCACCCCUGAAUUAACAGGGAAGAAGUUUGAAAGGCCCCCCACCACACUUUACAGUACUUUCAGUAUUGGUAUAUAGGCUUGCUAUUAGGCCAAUAAUCUGCGUCAGAAUUCCCCUAAGUCUCAGAAUCUCCCAUAGUGAUUCUCGAUUCUCAAGUGAAUCCAGACUGCUCUGGUCUCUGGUGUAGUAGGUGGUUGCGGAUCCAU